AAAUAUAUAUAUUUUAAGUAACAAAAAAAAACGAGUUUGAAGAAAAGAAAACCCUUGGAUUUCACAAUGCAAGAGUUAGAGCAAUGGAAGGAACAUGUUUCUCAUCUCUGGAAUGUGGCAAAUGAUUAUCUUCGCCAGCUUCCCCCAAAUCAACUCUAUGCCGCUGUUGCGGUCGCCGUUUUCACAACCCUGCUUCUUCUCUUACUUCGGUUUUUGAAACGCACCAAGUCUAACACCAUUGUGUUGACUGGACUCAGUGGCAGUGGGAAAACCGUUCUCUUCUAUCAGCUUAGAGAUGGCUCUACUCACCAGGGUACUGUUACAUCAAUGGAACCAAAUGAAGAUACUUUUAUUCUUCAUGGUGAAACAACGAAGAAGGGCAACAUAAAACCUGUUCAUAUUGUUGAUGUUCCUGGACAUUCUCGUCUUCAACCCAAAUUGGAUGAGUACAUACCUCAAGCAGCUGGCGCUGUCUUUGUGGUUGAUGCUUUGGACUUCUUACCAAAUUGUCGUGCUGCCUCAGAGUACCUAUAUGAUCUAUUGACCAAGGGAAGUGUUGUGAGGAAGAGGAUUCCUCUGCUUAUUCUCUGCAACAAAGCAGACAAAGUUACUGCUCACACUAAAGAAUUCAUCCGCAGACAGCUCGAGAAAGAAAUUGACAAAUUACGGUCAUCAAGAAGCGCGGUUUCAGAAGCUGACGUUACAAAUGAGUUCACUUUGGGAGUACCUGGCCAGCCAUUUUCCUUUACUCAGUGCUCUAACAAAGUUACAACUGCAGAUGCUUCUGGUUUAACUGGAGAGAUAUCUCAGCUACAAGAGUUUAUCAGAGCAUAUGUGAAGCCAUAGUUGGAUAUAAUGUUUAAAUUAAGGUUUUUGUUAAAUUAAACUUGUUAUGAAUGGGAUUGUUCCUCUUGGAUGUUACUGCUACGUGUUAAAAAUCAACACAGUAUGAGGUUGUCAGGGUAGAAAUCACUAUGCUUGGAUUCAACUAUACUGGAUCAUGGAUUUUCCUUA